AUGUGGCCCUGCCUUAAAUAUAAAUUGUUCUAAAUCCCACGUUCAGGGUGAGCUACAUGCAACAAGUAAAACGUCAAAAUAUUUUAUAAAGAAAACAUAACCAAACUUUUUUGCAUGCAAGUUGUUCGAAAUAAACAAACGAAACCAUGCAAACUAUUCGUGAAUUUACCCGCAAAACAAAACGCGGAAAUAUUUUAAAAAUUGUUCGUGAGCACUAUCUCCGAGAUGACCUAGGAUGUGGAUCGCAGCUCUGUAAAAUUUGCCAUCAAGACGAUUUAGAACUUCAUUUGGCAAAUAAUGCCAAAUCCAAGAGUUCCAUGUUUGAUUUUCCUCAUUACCUAUUGCUCGACACAAAUGUCGUUUUGGAUCAGAUUGAUGUACUUGAAGAAGAUGCUGUUUGCAAUGUUAUUGUGUUGACGACAGUUUUGCAAGAGGUUAAGCAUCGAAGCUCGUCGGUAUACAAUCGGUUUCGAGAUAUUUUCAACCAUGCGGCGAGGAAUUUCUAUGUUUUUGUUAAUGAACAUCAUAAGGACACCUAUGUGGAACGCAAGCCAGGAGAAACUCAAAACGAUCGCAAUGAUCGUGCCAUUCGAUGUGCCGCCAAAUGGUAUGAUGAACAUCUUCGUCAAAGUCAACGGAAAUCGGGUGACAAACGUACACGUGUAAUUCUUCUCACAGAUGAUGCAGGUAAUCGGGAAAAAGCUGAAGCUGAGGGUAUUCUCGUCGCUUCAGCCAAAGACUACAUCAAGUCAUUGAUUGAUCAUCCAUUUUUGUUGGACAAAUACGCACACAAAAAUUUCGAUGUUGAAAGUAGUCGACUUCCAUUAUUUCCACCACAUUUGAGCAUUGUCGAGAUCCAUGAAGGUAUUCGUGCUGGAAAGCUUUUGCAGGGAUCUUUUAUGGCGUCCAGAGAGAACUACCUCGAAGGGUUUGUUAGCCAUGAAAACUAUGAUAGCAUGAUUUUAAUUCAAGGACGUGAAAAACUCAAUCGUGCUGUAGAUGGAGAUAUUGUUGCAGUUGAAUUGUUACCCGAGGAUCAAUGGUCAGCUCCCAGUGAAAUUGUACUCCAAGAAGAUGACAAUGACCAUGGAGACAAUCUCGAUGACGUCGAAGAGGAUAAAGUAUUUGAGAAAAAGAAAAAAGGGGAAAAGGGCAAACCGACUGGAAUUAUUGUUGGAAUAAUCCGUCGCAAAUGGCGUCAAUAUUGUGGUAUUCUGCAACAGAAUACUGUCGAAGGUUCUACUAGACAUGUUUUUAUACCAGCCGAUCGAAAGAUUCCAAGAAUUCGCAUUGAAAGUAGACAAGCUGAAAAGUUGUACAUGCAAAGAAUUAUCGUUGCAAUUGAUACUUGGCCAAGAUCUUCCCGUUAUCCUCAUGGUCAUUUCGUAAGAGCUCUUGGCCCACUUGGCAAUACAGAGACGGAGAAUGAGGUUAUCCUUUUGGAACAUGAUGUCCCACAUAGUAAGUUCUCAGAUGAGGUACUCAGUUUCUUGCCGCAAAUGCCAUGGACAAUUACAGAGGAGGACUAUGCUAAACGUGUUGAUUUACGUGACUUAAAUAUCUGUUCUGUUGAUCCUCCUGGAUGCACAGAUAUCGAUGAUGCUCUACAUUGUCGUCUUCUACCAAAUGGCAAUUUAGAAGCUGGUGUACAUAUUGCCGAUGUGAGUCAUUUUAUUCGACCGGGAAAUGCUUUGGACAUGGAAGCAGCUUCACGUGGUACAACUGUUUAUCUAGUUGGCAAACGUAUUGACAUGGUUCCUGAGUUACUUAGUUCGAAUCUUUGUUCUUUGGUUGGCAAUCAGGAACGAUUUGCAUUUUCAUGUGUUUGGGAAUUGGAUCAUGAUGCAAAUAUUAUAAACAAGCGUUUCCAUAAAAGUGUUAUUAAAUCAAAAAAAGCCAUGACCUAUGAAGAAGCUCAAAUAAUUAUCGAUGAUAAAAAUCAAAACAAUGAAUUGGCCAAAUCGUUAAGAAAUUUGAAUAAAUUAGCUAAAAUUCUUAAGAAAAAACGAAUGGAUAAUGGCGCCCUUGUCCUAGCAUCACCAGAAAUUCGUUUCCAAGUUGAUAGUGAAACCCAUGAACCUCUUGAAGUGGAAGUUAAGCAAAUUCGAGAUACCAAUUCUAUGGUUGAAGAGUUCAUGUUGCUAGCUAAUAUCUCUGUAGCUGAACACAUUGCCAACGAGUUUACUGAAUGUGCUAUGUUACGUCGCCAUCCUAAGCCACCGCCAAAUAACUUUGAUCCCCUAAUCAAAGCUGCACGAAAUCAAGGUUUUGAAAUCAACAUCGAAUCGGGAAAAGAAUUGGCUGAAUCCUUGGAUUUGGCUGUUAAGGAAGACAAUCCGUAUUUCAAUGUUAUGAUAAGGAUAUUAACUACACGUUGUAUGAUGCAGGCAUUGUAUUUCAUUAGUGGAACAGUGUCUAGAGAUGAAUUUUUCCAUUAUGGGUUAGCUGCUCCUAUUUAUACACAUUUUACUUCGCCAAUUCGAAGGUAUUCCGAUAUAAUUGUGCAUCGUUUGUUAGCUGCUAGUAUUGGAGCCGAUAGUACCUAUUCUGGACUUUUAGACAAAAAAGCCAAUGAAGCUUUGUGUCAGAAUUUGAACUAUCGCCACAAAAUGGCUCAGUAUGCUGGUCGAGCAUCUGUUGCAAUGAAUACGCAUUUGUUUUUCCGUGGAAAGACACAAGAUGAAGAAGGUUAUAUUUUAUUUGUUCGAAAGAAUGCCUUGCAGGUCUUAAUUCCAAAGUUCGGUCUAGAGGGUACAAUCUACUUGAAUGGAAAAGACGACAGCAAAAAAGAUUCCGAUGUUGCUUUUGUAUAUAAUGAAGAUGACCACACUCAGCGUUGUGGUAAGUUUGUAUUCCAUUCCUUUGAUCCUGUUAGAGUGCGAUUAAGUUUGGACUCACGAAAUGUUCAACAUGAAAAAUUAGUUUUUCAAAUGGUUGAACCAUACAUUAAAGGAUUCAGUGCAGAGCCUAUUGUUGAUGAGCCAAUGGAUACUGCUAAACCAACGAGUGCAAAGAAACAAAAACUUGAUGCACCAAAAAAGAAUAAGAAACAAACAAAGAAAAAGUAAUACUAAAGAGAAAUAAAUUUUGUUUUAAAUAUAAA